CACUCAGAUGUGUUGGACCAAUUAUGAAAUAGAUUAUAGUGGGCCUAUUUAAACCAGCGUGCAUUCUCGAGAGAGUAUUUUGCGGGUGAGUUGGCGAACACAACUGUCAGGCAGGCAAAAUGGCUAUUCUGAAAUGUAUGACGUCACUUCCUGCUCUACUCCUUGUGACAUAUUCCAUCUCAGCAGCGUUUGACAUCAACGACCCGAAGACAAACAUAGACAGCCUUAUCCGAGUCAUUGGAUCUUCUUACCCGGCUGACGUGGACGUCCUAUACGGAAACGGAACAAUAUUUGGCCGACAACCUUCGCAAAAGCUGGAAAAACUCUUCUAUUUUGAAGGCUACAAUAUCGGCCGGAAGGUCCACACCGGAAACGGCUACCUUUCGCUCACACGAGAAGUCUUCGUGUACAGACAUAUUGUAACAGGGGAGAUAAUCUACAUCUGGCACAACGCAUAUUCUCAGAACAGCAACGAAAUUUUCCACGUACGUAACGACCCCGUGGACAUGAACUUCACAUAUGGAGCUGAAGUAGUUCCAACGGUUCGAUUCCCAGGACAGGGGUUUGGGUUUACCACUGACCUCCUCUUGCAGUACCCGAACGAAUUGGACCCGGCUCAUUAUAAAGAGUUCUCGGCAGGUCCCCUCUAUCAAGCGGACGAACUGUUCCAGUACUUUUCCGACUACGACGUAUUGACCACAACUAACAUCUCCUCCCUGAACAUGACGGGGGCGUGGUUCCGGCGCGCCCAAUACCUCCCCUGGAUGCAGAUGGGGGACACCCCCGGGCAUUUAUAUUACCAGACAACCAACUGGAAGUGUCUCAAUGGCCUCCAGGAUCUAUCCGAAGAUCUUCUUCAUUUCGUCCAGUCCAAUUUCCCCCAGUUCCUUGAACCCCCAAGCGUAUUUAAUCCAAUUCCGGAAACAACGUGGCAUGUUAUCAAACAAGUAAUAGACAGUAGAAGAAAACAGGGCCUGCCUGAUAUAAUUCUACCCACCGUCAAUAUUUCAACCCACGUGACCCCCAAGGCCAACAGCCUUGACCCAAGAGUCGAACCUGUGUUCACAAAAGACAGUACCGACGUCUUCUUCAAUGGAAGUAUCUAUAGUGAAAUUACAGGUAAACAGUCCAUUGAAUUGUUUAAGUUAACAGGUACUUUCAAGGCAUCUGCGGUUGGGUUUGGACUUCCAGACAUUUUCUUGAAUGUCAGGGUAUCGGGAGACUUCUGUGAUCCCAUAACAAUGAAGGAACUGCAAUAUUUCAAAAACCCGUUCACCAAUGCCACCGUUCGCGUACCAAAGUUUGCAGGCGACAAAGAAAUCAUUUUUAACAAAGACAACGUCUUCUCGAUGGCUGUACCUCACCUGGAGAAACUAUCAGUGCAGGCUCAGACAUCACACACAACUCAUCUCCCCGGCAACGGCUGUGACAUCUGGGAGGUCGACAUGCUUACGCUGUUCUUUAAAGACUGCGACCUCAACAAACCGAACCCCUUCUUUUACGGGACAUGGGUCCGGUUUACGAGCUGGUUAGACUGGAUGGGCAUGACAGGUAUCGACGGGAACCUGGUGUGGAGAAUGAGCAUCAACAGGGUGACGCCUUCACCGGGUCAUCAAGUUGGCAAAAAAUAAUAACUUAUAUAUCAGAGUCUAUGUGAUGUAAUGUUAUCUCAUGUCAGGUUGACCCAACUGAAAGACAUUGUCGAGAUGACCCAGCGCAUACCCACUACAGGAACAUGACAGAGACUCGCUUAAUCUAUGUAUGUAUCUACGCAAGGAAAUAUACACGACAUGCAAGGUCAACAAAUUAUACAGUAUUCAUUGACAUAGCUGCUAUCAUAUUUUUCAUAAGUUUUAAUUAAUUAUUGUUUGAAAUAAGUUUUUGAUACACCCUGUAAUUCGAUGCGUAAAACUAUACUCAUUCACUCACUCACUCGCUGUCCUGGCAUGACUGAUUAACUGUAGUCAUAUGUCAGGAUCGGGUGAUCUUUAACUUCUUUUGAGUAGCAUAUAAAGCGAUAUAGUUUUGCAGGUUCAUAUUACUUCAUAGUUUCUCCAUUGGUCAAGGGCGGCUAUGAUAUCUUGCUCAACCGUUGACGUGUGUAUGUAUUUUGUUGAUAUUGGCACUUCGCUUGUCUCGAACUAUGGAUAACUCGAUGUGUUUUCGAUAGUCCCCUUGAGUUAAGACGCAGUAGUCUUUCGUUUCCUGUGUCAAAUAUGAAUGACGUUAUUCAUAGUAAUGUUGUUGAAAACGUAUUGCGUUUAUAUUAAAAUCAGUGAUCUAGUU